AUGGUGAAGGAUGCUCGUUUGGCUGAGUAUGAUUCUGCUAGAUGUUUCGUACAUACGCUUCAAAGAGCCAUAAAUGAGUCGCUCAAAGUUCAGCUCAUGAAAAAACUGCUGAUGAUUCAAAAAGAGCUUUUACCCGACCAUCAGUUAGUACAAGAUAUCACCACAUCGGACUUUCCACGUUGCCACAGAGGAGACAAAAAACUGAACGAUUGUAUUGCUCAUGCAUUGGAAUCAGCCAAGCCAUUCAUUGCAAAAGGUAUUCCCAGGUUGAAUUUGCCACCAUUUGAACCACUCUUCAUUGAAAAAAUCUAUGCAGAUCAAAAGACACAGGCCCUGGAUUUCAAAGCUAACUUAACAAAUGUGUUGGUACACGGUUUAACAGAUUAUACGUGCCCAUCAUUCGAGUUUGACGUGCCAAAUUUACAAUUUAGAGCUAGAUGCCUAUGCAGAGAAAUCAAGUUGGUAUCGAACUAUGAUAUCGAAGGAAAGAUUUUGGGAGCUCCUGUGGUAGGAAAAGGAAAUUUGACUUCAAUUUUCGGUAAUGGUGAGGCAAAUUUAACCGAGACAGUGGAGAUACUGGAAAAAAGAGGGGUGGAUUACCUGAAGGUGCAGGAAACAAAAAUUUCCAUAGCAGUGGGAAAGGUUGUAGCACGCUUGGAUGGAUUAUUCGAUGGCGAUGAAAAACUGGGUGAGCUGACCAACAAAUUGAUAAAUGACAACGCUGAUGAGAUAUUCAGGCAAACAACACCAUUUUUCGAGGAGCUCUUGACCACUAUAAUUGAAGAUAUUUUGUUGAAAGCUCUUGCCCAGGUUCCAUACGAUAAGUUGUUCCCUAAGUGAAUUUUUUGUUCAAGUGAGAAACUAAGUAUGCAAUUUCAUAAAACUUCCUGUGAUUUUUCUUUGAGAACUAGUGGUGAUAUUUUGGAUGGAAAUGAUGUAAAUGUAGUAAAUUCUUUAUAAUUGUU